AUGUCGCCAACUGCCAUUUCUGUGGCCGUUCGAGAUGAGAUUCAGCGAUUUGAAAGCGUUCAUCCGAACAUUUAUGCCAUUCACGAACUCAUUGACGACAUAAACAUACUGGCUAUUCAACAGCAGUUAAGAGAUCACAUUAUUUCUAUUGAAGGUUUGUGCAAACACAUAAUUAAUGUUUAUUAUAUAAAUUAUUAUAAUUAUAUCAUACACAAAUACUAUACAAAACACAUUAAUUAUUACUAA